AACAGAAGUGUAAGUUCUGACGUGUCGGGGUCUCACAGGGCCACAGCCGUCGACGAGUCGGAGAGUCCCAGACGUGAAGUCUCCGGGCCUGGAAGAGGGGUGGCCCGAGGUGCGAGAUGCAAGCGGGGAAGCCCAUCCUGUACUCCUAUUUCCGGAGCUCCUGCUCAUGGAGAGUUCGAAUCGCUCUGGCCUUGAAAAGCAUCGACUAUGAGACGAUCCCCAUCAACCUCAUAAAGGAUGGAGGCCAGCAGUUCUCUGAAGAAUUCCAGGCACUGAAUCCCAUGAAGCAGGUGCCGGCCCUGAAGAUCGAUGGCAUCACCAUUGGCCAGUCACUGGCCAUCAUUGAGUACCUGGAGGAGACUCGGCCCACUCCACGACUCCUGCCUCGGGACCCGAAGAAGAGAGCCCACGUGCGCAUGAUUUCCGAUCUCAUUGCCGGCGGCAUCCAGCCCCUGCAGAACCUGUCUGUCCUGAAGCAAGUGGGACAGGAGAACCAGCUGACCUGGGCCCAGAAGGCCAUCACUUCUGGCUUUAACGCUCUGGAGCAGAUCCUGCAGAGCACAGCAGGGAGGUACUGUGUGGGAGACGAGGUGUCCAUGGCUGAUCUCUGCUUAGUGCCUCAGGUGGCAAACGCUGAAAGGUUCAAGGUGGAUCUCACUCCCUACCCUACCAUCAGCCGCAUCAACAAGACGCUGCUGACCUUGGAGGCUUUCCAAGUGUCUCACCCCUGUCGGCAGCCAGAUACACCCCCUGAGCUGAGGGCCUAGCCCUCAAACUGUACCCCGUGGGUGAGGGGGCAGGAAAGGGGUACAGGAGCAGAAGCUAGGUAGGCUGAACAGGCCUGGAAACAGGCAAGCCCUAGGUGGAGAAGCAGGAAAUUUGAACUCCUAGCCCUUGAACUUGAAGUCUAGCCCUGGAUCUGCCUUCCCACUGAACCUCUUUGUGCUUCCAGUACCCACAGUCUGUCGAAUGUGGGUAGGGUGGGGGAGAGGAUGCUGAGAGGGAGGAAGGCAGGAACAUUACCUAUUACGUAUGUCAUGGGCAGUCAUGAAGAUGCAGGCACAGUGUAGACUAAAAUGCCUAGCAAGUUCACCGGAGAGAAGUCAGGAAGCCCGAGCGCCUCUUCCCUUCCCUGAGACUGUAUCUGACUGCAAAGAAUGUCCACACUGAAAUACGGUAAUUAAACUGAA